CUUCUGCCGUAGUGUGUGUGUGUGAAAAGAAGCCGAAGACAAAGCCGGCUAAAUUUGUCAAUUAGAUUCUACAAUCUGUCAAAACUGAAUUACUGCAAAAUCCCAUAAAUUUGUUCUCGCCUCUUUUUCCUUAAUUUUAUCUUGUUUUUUAACUUUAAAAUCUUGAGUCUUCUCAUCUUGUUGCGCCUCUUUUGUUAAUCUUUGCUCCCUUUUUGUGCUGUAGAAAAAGGAUCACAUAAAGAUUGGAUUUUUAUUGAAUUCGGACCACACCCAAUUCAUUUUUUGGGGGUAUUUGUGAUGGGAUUGGAUUGAUUGAAGAGAAGUUAAUCCAUUGUUGGUGUAAAUCUGGUUUGCUUGAAAACAAGGGUUGAAGGAAGAUUUGAUCUUUGUGUUUGUGUGUGUGUGUGAGAGAGAGAGAUGGGGUGUUUUCCUUGUUUUGAUUCAAGAGAUGAUGAGAAGCCCAGUCUCAAUAAAGAGAGAGAUGAUCACAAGGAAGUUCAAAUUGCUGUCCCUUCCAAUAUAUCAAAAUUAUCUUCUGGGGGGGAUAGGCUGAAGACGAGGAGCAAUGUUGGCCCGAGGAGGGAGGCAUCAGGACUGAAGGACUUGCCAGAUUCUCAGAUUGCUGCGCAAACGUUUACUUUUCGUGAACUAGCUGCUGCGACAAAUAACUUCAGGCCAGAGUGUUUCCUAGGAGAGGGAGGAUUCGGACGUGUAUACAAAGGGAGACUUCAUAACGGCCAGGUUGUUGCUGUUAAGCAGUUGGACAGAAAUGGGCUUCAGGGUAAUCGAGAAUUUCUUGUUGAGGUUCUAAUGCUCAGCCUUCUCCACAAUCCUCACUUGGUGAAUCUAUUGGGCUAUUGUGCUGAUGGGGAUCAGAGGCUUCUCGUCUAUGAAUUUAUGCCGUUGGGUUCACUAGAAGACCAUCUCCAUGAUCUUCCGCCCGACAAAGAGCCCCUUGACUGGAGCACGAGAAUGAAGAUAGCAGCCGGCGCAGCCAAAGGACUGGAGCAUCUCCACGACAAGGCGAACCCUCCUGUUAUUUAUCGAGAUUUCAAGUCGUCCAACAUAUUACUCGGCGAAGGGUUUGUUCCAAAGCUCUCCGACUUUGGACUGGCGAAGCUCGGCCCCACAGGAGACAAGUCGCACGUAUCCACCAGGGUGAUGGGGACCUACGGUUACUGUGCCCCGGAAUAUGCUAUGACGGGGCAAUUGACUGUGAAGUCGGACGUUUACAGCUUCGGAGUCGUCUUUUUAGAAAUCAUCACGGGGCGUAAAGCCAUCGACAGCACCAGACCUCAGGGCGAACAGAACCUCGUUGCUUGGGUGCGCCCUUUUUUCAACGACCGUAAGAGGUACGUGAAGUUGGCAGAUCCGAGGCUGCAAGGGAAAUUCCCGAUCCGCGGGCUUUAUCAAGCCCUGGCCGUGGCGUCCAUGUGCACCCAGGAACAGGCUGCUGCUCGUCCCUUGAUCGGUGACGUGGUGACUGCCCUUUCUUACCUGGCAAAUCACUCGUACGAUCCUAGUCAUAGCAACAAAGACGAACGAGGCGGGAAGCUGCUUAGGAACGAGGAGGGUGCUGGGUCCGGAAGGAAGUGGGACGUGGAGGGAGGGUCCGAGAGGGACGAUUCUCCGAGGGAGACGGCGAAAAUGUUGAACCGGGACCUCGAGAGGGAACGAGCCGUUGCAGAGGCGAAAAUGUGGGGCGAGAACUGGAGAGAAAAGAGGCGCCAAAGCGCUCAAGGUGGUAGUUUCGACGCGAACAACGGCUAGUUCUUCGUCUUCGGCUUCGUCGUCGCCUUCUUGGCCGAUGUGUUGGACACCUUCAUAGUGGUUUAGAGAUCUUCUCCAUUGAUACACCAUCUAUGAAAAGAGUGUAAAUUUUCGAUAAUUCAUGUCUCAUGCCACUAUUUUUGCUUCUCUCUUCGGACUUUGGAUUUUGGAUUUUGCAAAAAAGAUAAUAAUUAAAAAUUUAGUGUUUGUGGAUAA